AUGGUUUUUGUAUUCAAUCAUAGAUCUGGGACUACGGGUCCUCUCUCUCUCUCUCUCUCUCUCUCUCUCUCUCUCUAUUCCUUUCUCUCUCUCUCUCUCCUUUACUCUCUCUAUUCCUUUCUCUCUCUCUCCUUUUCUCUCUCUAUUCCUUUCUCUCUCUCUAUCUCUCUUUCUCAAUUCGAACGACCAGGGAGCACGUCUGGUCUGUUCAUAUAUAUUAUUACAUUCAUGCGUUGGCCACUUUCUCGGCAUAUAUUUACCAUAGAGAAAUACGCCAGUUAUCUGAUGCCCGUUCGCCUAUCUCUCAACCUUUUUAUUUUCAUAAUUCCAGAUGUCUCUCUAUUGAUAUCCCCCUUCUAUAAAUCCCUGCUUACUACUUUCAACUCUAUCUAUCUAUCUAUCUAUCUAUCUAUCUAUCUAUCUAUCUAUCUAUCUAUUCGCACAUAUGUAUAA